AUGACAUCACCAACAUUAUCUGCGCCGACUUUAUACGCACGUUCAGACCUAAAAGAUGACCCAAAAUUGGUCACCCAGAUAACUGACCUCGUUAAUGAGGCUUUCUAUCGAUCGAAGCUCCCAGAUCCAGUGAAAUGGCGACAGGCCCGCGGGAGGCGAUUUCCAACGAAUGACCUCUACUUCGAGAUGCUUGGACAAGAGGGCCUUGCAGUUGUCAUCUUUGACAACGAUGCAGCGGAAAAAAAAGCGGUUGCUGUCGCAGCUGCAGUGCCUUGGGAAGGUGGCUGGCAAAAGGAGGGCGCUGGAGUCGAGCAUGGUUGGGAGUUCAAAGCAGUUGCUGUUGACGGCAGCUCCAAAUACCUGCAUCGAGGUCUUGCCGUGAAAAUGUACAAGUUUCUGGAGCAAUACCUGGUAUCUCGAACCCAAGAGUAUGGCGUCUCGACGAACGGAAGACAACUGGGCAAGAGAGACCAGUUGACGCUCUGGAUCUUGGCAGCAGAGUGCAUCAACGGCGCGUAUUGGAAAAAGAGAGGGUAUGAAUUGGUUCGGCGGGGCACUUAUGGGCCACCCACUUGGGGGUGUCAGACGAGUUUUGAGAUGGUCGUGCUGCGGAAGAAUGUGCCGCUUUCUGCUGCGGGGAUGGAUCACCCUACCGAAGUCGCAAAAAGCAUGGAAGAGCUGUCUAAGAGGGAUAUGGUGAAGGUCAAUUAA